AUGCAGACAAUUCCCGAGUUCACAGGGCCCCAAUUCCCCUUCUCCACGGCUCCUGGCGCGGCUAAGGCCUAUGCUGUUGUGCACUAUAACUUCAACCUUGGCCGAGACAUGCCCCCAACCCUGAUCGCCAUUCCACGGCAUGAAAAGGACGUCCGCACCGCCAUCAGGUACGCAAGGCGAAACGGAUACCGCAUCUCAGUCUUCACGGGCGGCCACUAUUACGAUGGCGGAGUCCACGCCUCAACAAAGCCAGACGUCCAGCUCAACCUCACCCUGACGUACAUAGGCCCGAAACAUGUUGGUCUCGCGACGUCAAAGCGAUGGGUUCCGUACAGAACCAAGAAUCAACUCUGGGUCGGCGUCACCCAGAGUAUCGGAGAUAUCAACCGGAUUCUUCGUGAAGACGGCCGCUUCCUGCCUCACGGACAAUGCGCUGAUGUACAACUUGUUGGUCAUGGCCAGAGAGGUGGAGGUGGCCAACUCGCGCGAAGCUUCGGCCUGCUGGGAGAUCGCAUCCGCGCCAUCCGAAUACUCAACCACACCGGGGAGAGUGAAAUGAUCACUACGUGCGACCCGAAAGCCCACGCCAUCUUGGGAGGCAUUGCGGGAUCCUUUGGCGUCAUCACGCACUACUCAUUACAAGCCUUUGCCGACAAAGACUACGACUUCCCUGACACAAACGCCCGGCCGCACGGCUUCAAAGGAGUUUGGCGAUACAACCAGCGUGCCUUGAAGCUGCUUUUGAACGAGGUGGCCGCAAUGGCUGACGACUCAUCCCUGCCGCCAAACUUUGAUCUUUCCGUCAACGUGUUCAGCGCCUCGUUUCCUAUGCUCCGGCUGAUUCCAAAGCUGAAGGACAACCCAUACAAUCCCGUCGAGAGCAUAGCUGGUGAACAGCCCGGUCAGCCAGACACCACAUGGCCCGCCUGCAUCGUCGUGUUUGCGCAGUGGGUCCCUAUGAGCCGGCAGGAUAGGUAUACUGGCCAGGUCGAUGCAUGGUUCCAGAAGCUCCGAGACCUUACCACGGUCAAGAACUGCUGCAUACACACUGAAGAACUUGUACAGCCCAUGUCCGCGAUGACAGGUGAAUGGCUCUUUCGCGGGUCCUGCGAGUUCGACUUACCGCACGUCAGGCGCAUGUACUUGACCAGAUCCCGGGCGAUGGUACAGAGCGGAUGGGUCGACACAGCCGCCCUCCAGAUCGACCUCCUCUUGAACACGUCGCGUGCUUCAAGCCUUUCGCAGAGCUGUUACCUAGCCGGCAAGAUCCAAUGCCUCGGUGGGAACCUCAUGCAACGUUCCGACGACCAGAUUGUGGGUGAAUCCUGCGGCCAGAGGGACUGGACCGUCUGCCAAACGCUGGAUUGCUUUCACCCAGCCGACUCCCGAGGUGAAGCUACCGCCAACGAGUGGCAGUCCUGGAAUGAUUUGGUCUUUUGUACCUUGGGCCACGCCAUGCGUGGACCUGACAAGCGAGUAGUCUGGACUUUGUCCAGUGAUGGGCAAUUGGACAGAACCUGGUCCUACUACCGCCAGACCUACCAGACUGACGACGACAAGAACGCUAUGACGAAGCACCAGGCCAAGUCCAAGCCCGAGGAGCGCGCCAUGCAGCGAGCCAAGGGGCAAGCCAAGCUCCCUGCUGAUUAUCCGGAGCACAUCAUGAAGACGGAGCAGGAAGACGACGAAGAGCAAGUCACAUCCCCCCAGCAAGCUUUGAACCAGGCGUGUGCUAUGUAUCAGGACGCUACCUUGUUGCCAGACCACCCUACGUCGCAGAAGCGGCCCGCACCGUCAGAAGAGCCCACAUUACAAAAGCGGCCCAAGUUGCCUAAGAAGCCCGCACGGCGAAAAGAGGGUGCAUUGCAAGAACAGCCUACAACCCACGAACAACCUAAGCUUCAUGAGGAGGUGAUGUAUCCGGAGCAGCUCGCGUUCGACGAGCCCGCCCUAAAUCAGGAGCAAGCUAUGGUUCCGGAGCCCACCACCCAGGAAGCCGCCAUGUUCCAGCAGUUUGCCACUUUCCAGGACCCUAUGAUGUUCCAGGACUACGCCAUACUCCAGGACUGCGCCAUGCUCAAGGAGCUCGCUAUGUACCAACACGCUACCACGUUCCACGACUGCGUCAUGUCCCAGCAGCUCACCUUAGAUCAAGAGUCCACGAUAGCACAGGACGUCACCCAGGACCUAUCCGCAAGCCAGGCGCUCACAAUAUCUCAGGAGCCCAUCAUGAACCACCAGCCCACCGUGUUCCCGGAGCUUGCCACGAAUACAUGGCCUUCCAGGAAUCCCCAGCUGUCCGACUACCAGAAGCAAUUGGAGGUCUACUACAAGGACUGCUGGGGAUUUGUUCCCGAUCCGUACAACUUCUCUACUGCAUGGCAGCAGCCACAAAACCAGCCGUGGUGCGCGAUGAUGAUGAGCGAGAGCUGA